AUGUCAACGGUACAACAGGCAGACGGCCACCAACUGAUCAGUUCAUUCGAUUCAUUCUUUUUCGAUGCUGAUGGUGUGCUCUGGCUUGAUGAAACUCCGCUGCCGGGUGCUGCCAAUUUCCUGCGACAUCUCAUAUCUGCCGGCAAAAAUGUCUUCAUAGUAACAAAUAAUUCGACUAAAACGCUGGAUGAUUAUGUAAAGAAAUGUAGACGAAUAGGUUUUGAUAUGAUAACAGAUGAUCGCAUCUUAUCACCAGCUAAAGUUUUGGCUCAUAUAUUGGCCAAAGAAAAGUCCGAUUUGCCAGUAUAUACUGUGGGUUCAAGUGGUUUACAAAGAGAACUGAAAAAAGAAGGAAUAGAAAGCUUCGGAACAGGGCCCGAUUCUGUUGAGUCUUAUACUAACGUUGAAUCCAUACAACAAAUGGAUACAUCCAGAAAAGUGAGAGCUGUAGUAGUUAGUUUCGAUAUACAUUUAAGCUAUCCCAAAAUAAUGAGGGCUGCGAACUAUAUCAACCAGCCAGGAGUACGUUUUUAUGCUACCAAUCCAGACCCAAGACUGCCUGGACCAGUGCCAGGUGUUGUUAUACCAGGGUCGGGUGUAACUAUGAAAGCAGUGCAGACAGCUGCCGACAAAGAACCAAUCAUAAUUGGCAAGCCUAGCAAAACAAUGUUCGAAUAUAUCAAAGAGAGGUUCAAUGUUAAAGCUGAAAAGUCGGUAAUAUUUGGUGAUUCGUGUGAAACAGAUAUAAAAUUCGGUCAUGUGAAUGGUUUGACAUCGGUUUUGGUAGGUACUGGAGUGCACAAUAUGGAUAAAGUAGAAGAAUUCGAGAAACAAGGACGUGAAGAUUUGAUACCAACUUAUUAUACUUCUUCUCUUAAAGUGUUGUUUGAUAUGUUGCAAUAG